AGGAAAAAGAUAUCUAAAAAGUCUCUGGGAACAAGAUGGGGAAGACAAUAAUGAAAAACAAAACAUUUGAGAAACAUGGCUCUAAACUCAUGUAAAGAGUUCAAGAAGGAAAGCAAAAACAGAAAUGGAAAGUGGCCCAGAAGCAUUAAGAAAGUAGAAAUCAGUACGUUCCCUAUUUAAGGCAUUUGCAGGAAGCAAAGCCUUCAGAGAACCUAGAGCCCAAGGUUCAGAGUCACCCAUCUCAGCAAGCCCAGAAGCAUCUGCAAUAUCUACGAUGGCCUCGCCCUUUGCUUUACUGAUGGCCCUGGUGGUGCUCAGCUGCAAGUCAAGCUGCUUUCUGGGCUGUGAUCUGCCUGAGACCCACAGCCUGGAUAACAGGAGGACCUUGAUGCUCCUGGCACAAAUGAGCAGAAUCUCUCCUUCCUCCUGUCUGAUGGACAGACAUGACUUUGGAUUUCCUCAGGAGGAGUUUGAUGGCAACCAGUUCCAGAAGGCUCCAGCCAUCUCUGUCCUCCAUGAGCUGAUCCAGCAGAUAUUCAACCUCUUUACCACAAAAGAUUCAUCUGCUGCUUGGGAUGAGGACCUCCUAGACAAAUUCUGCACUGAACUCUACCAGCAGCUGAAUGACUUGGAAGCCUGUGUGAUGCAGGAGGAGAGGGUGGGAGAAACUCCCCUGAUGAAUGCGGACUCCAGCUUGGCUGUGAAGAAAUACUUCCGAAGAAUCACUCUCUAUUUGACAGAGAAGAAAUAUAGCCCUUGUGCCUGGGAGGUUGUCAGAGCAGAAAUCAUGAGAUCCCUCUCUUUAUCAACAAACUUGCAAGAAAGAUUAAGGAGGAAGGAAUAACACCUGGUCCAACAUGAAAACAAUUCUUAUUGACUCAUAUACCAGCUCACGCUUUCAUGAAUUUGGCCAUUUCAAAGACUCUCACUUCUGCUAUAACUAUGACCAUGCUGCUAAAUUGAUUUAUCUAUUUAAAUAUUUAUUUAACUAUUUAUAAGAUUUAAAUUAUUUUUGUUCAUAUAACGUCAUGUGCACCUUUACACUGUGGUUAGUGCAAUAAAACAUGUUGCUUAUAUGUACUC